UAAGUAACAGAUGCGGGUGAAAGAGCCAUCCAAAGCUUUACCUGAGAAAGCCAAAAGAAGUGAAAGGCCUACCAUACCUCAUGAUGAAGACUCUUCAGAUGACAUUGCUGUAGGUUUCACUUGCCAACAUGUAAGUCAUGCUAUCAGUGUGAAUCAUGUGAAAAAAGCAAUAGUUGAGAAUCUGUGGUCAGUUUGCUUGGAAUGUUUAAAAGAAAGAAAAUUCUAUGAUGGACAGCCAGUACUUCCUUCUGAUAUUUGGUUGUGCCUCAAGUGUGGUUUUCAGGGAUGUGGUAAAAACUCAGAAAGCCAGCAUUCAUUGAAGCACUUCAAGAGUUGGAGAGCAGAGUUUCACUGUAUUAUAAUUAGUCUGAGCACAUGGAUCAUUUGGUGUUAUGAGUGUGAUGAAAAAUUAUCAACACAUUGUAAUAAGAAGGUUUUGGCUCAGAUAGUUGAUUUUCUCCAGAAACAUGUUUCAAAAACACAAACAAAUGCAUUUUCUAGAAUCAUAAAACUUUAUGAAGAAAAAUGUGAAACAGGUGAUAAAAAGGGAAGAAAAGACAGCAUUGUAACAUCUGUAAAAGGAAUUACAAAUUUAGGAAAUACUUGCUUUUUUAAUGCAGUCAUGCAGAAUUUGGCACAGUGUUACAUUCUUACUGAACUGAUGAAUGAGAUCAAAGAACAUGGUACAAAACUCAGGAUUGUUCCUUCCUCAGACUCUCUGCUGGACCCAUUAGUGGUGGAACUUUCAAGCCCUGGACCAUUGACCUCAGCCUUGUUCCUGUUUCUUCACAGCAUGAAGGAGACUGAAAGAGGACCGCUUUCUCCCAAAGUUCUUUUUAAUCAGCUUUGUCAGAAGGCCCCUGGAUUUAAAAGUUUUCAACAACAGGACAGUCAGGAGCUUCUUCAUUAUCUGCUCGAUGCAGUGAGGACAGAAGAAACAAAGCGAAUACAAGCUGGCAUUCUCAAAGCAUUUAACAACCCAACUACUAAAACUGCUGAUGAUGAAACUAGAAAAAAAGUCAAAGCAUAUGGAAGAGAAGGUGUGAAAAUGAACUUCAUAGAUCGUAUCUUUAUUGGUGAAUUAACUAGCACAGUCAUGUGUGAAGAAUGUGCAAAUAUCUCCACAGUAAAAGAUCCUUUUAUUGAUAUUUCACUUCCUAUAAUAGAAGAAAGGGUUUCAAAACCUGUACUUUUGGGAAGAAUGAGUAAAUAUAGAAGUUUACAGGACACAGAUAGUGGUCAAUACAGUGGCACUCUUACUAUAGAAAAUACUCAUCAACCUAGAGCCACCAAGAAGCAUUCUUCAUCUAACGAUAAGAAUCAACCAAUUCAUGGCAGAAAAUGUACAAGAAAAUUGUCACCUGGAGAAGAUAAAGCUGUUGUCAUAUACCAGAAAAAUGAAAACCUUGAAAUGAAUAGAGACUCCUCAUUGUUUGCGAGCAUCGUGAACACUGAGUCGACUCUGACUGAAAGCCCUACCGACGGCAGUGAAAAAGAAGCCAGCCUUUCUGAAAGUAGUGUUGGUGCUGACAGUGAGGCUUCAGAGUCUGAAAGUGCUCCUAAGCAGACUUUGUUGUUGAGAUCCAGCCGUGGAUACUAUGUGCACACAAAUGGACACCGCCAUCCGUCAGAGAGUGAACCACUCACCAAGGAGGGUGAUGGUGGUGAUGAGGGAGUGGCUGAAGCUAUUUCUGAACUUCAUUUGAGCAGCACUGUAACUGGAGAUAGGGAUUUUGACAGAGAAAAUCAGCCACUAAACGUUUCAAAUAAUUUGUGUUUUUCAGAGGGCAAGCAUAUGGUGUCUUACAGCCCCCAAAAUGCUUUUCAGACCCUUUCUCAGAGCUAUAUAACCACUUCUAAAGAAUGUUCAAUUCAGUCCUGUCUCUAUCAGUUUACAUCUAUGGAAUUACUAAUGGGGAACAACAAGCUUCUGUGUGAGAACUGUACUGAAAAGAAACAGAAGUACCCAAAGGAAACCAGUUCUGCAGAAAAGAAAGCAGGAGGGGUUUAUACUAAUGCCAGGAAGCAAUUGCUCAUUUCUGCUGUUCCAGCUAUCCUAAUUCUCCAUCUUAAAAGAUUUCAUCAGGCUGGCCUGAGUCUUCGCAAAGUAAACAGACAUGUAGAUUUCCCACUGACGCUUGACUUAGCACCAUUCUGUUCUGCUACUUGUAAGAAUGUAAAUGUGGGAGAUAAAGUUCUCUAUGGUCUCUAUGGCGUAGUGGAACAUAGUGGCUCAAUGAGAGGAGGCCACUACACCGCUUAUGUGAAAGUGAGAACACCCUCCAGGAAAUUACUGGAACAUAUCACUGGAAAGAAAAAUGUACCUGGUUUGGAAGAACCUGAUAGUGAAUCAGCAGGCCAGUGGGUCCAUGUUAGUGACACUUACGUGCAGGUGGUUCCAGAAUCAAGAGCACUUAGCGCACAAGCAUACCUUCUUUUUUAUGAAAGAAUAUUAUAA